AUGUAUUUCACGAAAAAUAUAAACGGGGUUGAAAUAUGUUACGAUGAAUGUGGAACUGCCAACCGACCAGCACUGGUGCUUCUCUCUGGAUGGGCGCACGACCUUCGCCUGUACGAUGAGCUACUUCCCUAUCUUGCCUCCAAAUACUGGGUUAUUAGAGUCUGUUGGCGGGGCCAUGGCCCGAGUCGUGAUGAUAUCGGCGAUUUUGGUGUCGACGAGCAAAUCAGCGACACGGUCGGCCUCUUAAAUUCUCUUGACAUCGACAAAUUCUAUCUCGUCUCUCAUUCUCAUGGAGGCUGGCCUGCGUUAGGAAUAAUUGAUCAGCUGGGAAAAGACCGCGUUCUAUGUCUGCUCAUGAUUGACCUGAUCAUGACUCCCCCGCCUCCUGAAUUUGCGGCGGGGCUCCAAAAAAUGCAAGACAAACAGAUAUGGAAGGCUGCUCGUCAAGAUCUCUACGAUGACUGGAUUGCUGGGACCAACAACAAAGCAGUUCAAGAUCAUUUUAUCUACUCCUUUGGGGGCUUCGGCUAUCAUAUGUGGGCUCUUUCUUGCCGGGUUAUCGCUGGUGCUUACCAGGAACAUGGCACACCAAUGCACCGCAUGGAAAAAAUCGAGAGUCCUCCGCCGAUCCGUCAUGUCUUUUCGCAUCCUCUGAAUAACCUGGUAUAUAGAGAGCUACACGAGAAAUUCAGUAAGAAGAACCCCUGGUUCUCAUACUGUGAUCUCGGGGGUGGUACACAUUUCCCGAGCCUCGAGUUGCCCAAGAAGGUGGCAGACCAAAUCGAUGAGUUGGUUCAAGAGACAAGCAAGAACGAUUAA